AUGCCUUCUACCUUCCGAGCUUCGCGCUCAGGACGGCAUCUCGAUGGCCCCAAUCGCACCCGAAAUGGCCAAAUCGAUCACGAUGUCUUUGAAGGACUGCCAGUUCGCCGCUGGUCGAAACAGCCACAUACCUUCUCCCAAGCCCCCAAGCUCGAGGACUCCGAUUUCAGUGUCCAAGGCCCCGGUGGGGGACCAACAUUACCAGAGCUCCCAAUGCCAAGAGACAGCCAGCUCCUGCCUCCAAUCAGUCGCGCACUUCUUCGCGCAGCCCGCGCUGGGUGUGUCCAUAUUCGUCAGAAUACUCGCGCAGCUGAUGUGGAAGAGAAGAGUGCGGCAGAUGCGGAGGACCCGAAUUCAGCCAGUGCCCACGUCGCCGAUCGAAACUUUACAACUCGCAAAUGGUUGACGCUUCCUAAGCACCUGGAGCCUGCGGAGGUGGAGUUUUUGGCAAAGAGACGUCCUGGUCUUCCUUCGUUGUAUGGUGCUGCUGGUGAUGCUGGCGCGCCGAUGCGCAGGACCAAAUUCAAGAAGACAGACCCUGAGACCGGUAAUAUCUCGAUAUAUGAGGCCUGGGUACCUGAGGGCCAUCGUAUUGAGGGGGAGAUUACCGGCGAUGUGCAGGCGAUUGCUGCACAGAGCGAAGUGCCUGUGAAGCCCGAGGCGCCUGCGCCUGGAACAGUCGUUGAAGGUGUCGGGAUUGUUAAUGCGGAGGGCGUUGUUGUCGCGGAAGCUGGCUCAGCCGCUGUUAUGACGCCUCCAAAGCGACGCCCUCCUCCCCCUAAGCGCAAGGGUAGGGGUAUUGGAAAGGGUCGCAAGAAGAAGGUCAUGUUCGCGCCAGGAGAAGGAGCUGAUGCCGCCACAGUACAUGGUAUGGGUGAAGGUGCCGGUGAUGGCCGAGGAGCAAGUCAAGAUGGUUCAGGAAUGGCGAUGGAUCCGAAUGGUCAAGAUGAUGACGAUGAGGAUGGCGAUGAGAGCGAUGACGGGGAUGAGGGGGAUGAGUCUAUGCUAGAUGCGAAGACUCCCGAGACACCCCAGCCUCCAUCUGGUGCCGAGUCUGUUGAUCGGCCUUCGACUGAGACUCCAGCUGAGCAGUCAGUUGAUGUUGACAUGGCAGACGCUGGUCUCGACAACCAACAAUCCGCCUUCGAACCAUCCGCAUCUCUUGGGGCUGAGACACCUUCGCAGCAGCAGACCACCGAUGCUUCUCAGUCUGAAAAAGCACCCGAAACAGACAAGAAGGUUUUGGAUUCCAGUGUACCUCCAAAGACUGAGAUCACUGAGUUGGAUCUGAAUCCUGCUGUACCGGACCAUGAACCUGCCACUAUUUCCUCUACUGAGACUGCUGCAGCCUCAAAUGCAGCAGCUGAGACUGAAACCUCAGAGCCCAGCAAAUCCGAGGCCACAGAAAAGACGGCUGACAUUACACCAAAGCGAGAGGAGUCUGAAGUCACAAGUCAACCAGAUAUUACAACUGCUGCACAAUCUGAUGGCCUUGAUAAAAUCUCUGAACCCGUGCAACCCUCCCUUUCAACUGAAGCUCCAGUCGAAAUUGAAGAACCUCAAGCCACAUCCAAUGAGGCAAUCUCACAACUCGACACCGAAACCCCCUCAGCGGCCGCUGAAGAUGAUCAAAGCAAGCAAUCUGAUAUCCCCCAUUCCAGCCCAGGUCCAGCUGAAGCAAAGGACGUGGAAAUGAGCGAAGCUCCAGCAGCACAUGAGCAAACCCCCAUACCUGAAGGAACCCAGUCCCCUACAAAGCCCGAAUCGCCCCUUUCAGAACCACCAGCCGAGGGCUCUCAGCCUCCUUCACUUGAAACAGAUUCUACCACGGCGGAUGUAGCCCCAGCGAAAAUUCCAACACCUGCUGCUGAGGAUGAGACCGAAGAUACAACAGACCAAACCGAUCAGCCAGCAGCGGAGCCAAAUACAUCAGCUGAGACAGCUGCAGCAGAACCCGAUCAGAGAGAUGAUCAACCUGGAGAAGUCACGGGUGUUGAUCAGUCGUCGGAAUCGGUUCCCGAGAGUGCUCCCGCUGAGUCUUCAUAG